CGCCCCCUUCCCCUUGCGUAUUAUGGGAUGUGCGGAAUUAACGCAGCCCUAGGCGGACGCGGCGAGGCUUUAUCGGCGUGAAAGAGCAGCGGCGACGGGAAGCGUCUCGCCAUGGAACUCUCUGCCGUCGGGGAGAGCGUCUUCGCGGCCGAGUCCAUCAUUAAGCGACGGAUAAGACGGGGUCGUUGGGAAUAUCUGGUGAAAUGGAAAGGCUGGUCUCACAAGUACAGCACAUGGGAACCAGAAGAAAAUAUCCUGGAUGAGCGCCUCUUGGCAGCCUUCGAGGAGAGGGAACGGGAGCGGGAGCUGUUCGGGCCCAAAAAGCGAGGACCCAAACCUGAGACAUUUCUUCUGAAGGCCAAAGACAGGGAGAAAAUGUACGACUUUGGAGAAGAUUCAGUCCGGCCUAUGCAGGUCUCCUACCCGGUGCCGGAGCCCGUCGCCACGCCGAGGGCCAGGGAGGGUCUGCGGGCCGUGGUGCCCACCAUCUUCCCCCCCAGCGCCGUCAACCGCGGGGAGAGCGUCCACCACCACUUCAUGCAGGAGCAGGAGAGGCUGCAUGCGGACGACUCGUCCCCGGCCCGCCUGGCCCGGAAGCGAGGACGCAAGCCCAAACUGCGUCUGCUGUACGAGCGGGACGAGGACUACGCGCAGCCCGCCGCCAAAACACGCAGACGCUCGCCGGAAACGUCCGACCCCAGCCUGGCGCAGCUGACCAGGAGGUUCCGGGAGAAGACCACCAUCACGCCCAGGCCGCGGGACCGCGCGGGCCGGACAAGAUAUUACGUCACCCGCGCCGAGGAGCUGGGCGUGGUCUGUCCGCCCACGUCCCGCGGCCUGGGCGUGGCGUGGAACCCCUGCUUCCGCAACUUGGAGACGGUGACCGUCACUGACGUCACCAUGAACCUGCUGACCGUCACGGUCAGGGAGAACUGCACCGACGAGGGCUUCUUCCGCGGGAAAAGAUGAAAGACCCGCUCCCACGUCAUUAGGUACACUACCAGUUCGAGCCGAAAUUUGUGCUAAUAAUCUUGCUAACUUUUCAGACGCCGGGUGAAGUUAUUUUACAACAUGUCCCUAAUAUUUCCUCAUGUUUAUCAAAAAUAUUAGCAAGAAAAUCAUUUAAAAAUAACCUCAAGUGUCCCUAAUAUUCGUCCCUGUUUUAAAUAAGUGGCAACAAAUAUUAGAAACAUCUCCCGGUUGUGUUGUUGCAUUAGCAUUAGCAUUAGCAAGAGCCGCAUAAAAAAUUAAGCAUUUAAAAAAAUAACUAUGCUGUGUUUUUAAUCACAUAGGAUGAGUUGUUCUAGAACAUGCAUCCUGACGUGUCCCUAAUAUUUCGUCCCCGUUUUAAAUCAGGGACACCAAAUAUUAGAAACGUCUCCCAGUUGAAUUGUUGCAUUAGCAUUAGCAAGAUCUGCAUAAAAAAAUCAGCAUUUAAAGAAAUAACUAUGCUGUGUUUUGAUUCACAUAGGAUGAGUUGUUCUAGAUUCUAGAACAUGCAGCCUGAAGUGUCCCUAAUAUUUAGUCCCCGUUUUAAAUAAGGGACACCAAAUAUUAGAAACGUCUCCCAGUUUAAUUGUUGCAUUAGCAUUAGCAUUAGCAAGAUCUGCAUCAGCAUUUACAGAAAUAACCAUGCUCAGUUUUGAUUCACAUAGAAUGAGUUUUUCUAGAACAUGCAUCCAGAUGUGUCCCUAAUAUUUCGUGCCUCUUUUUAAUAAGGGACAUCAAAUAUUAGAAACGUCUCCCAGUUGUAUUUUUUUGCAUUAGCAUUUGCUAAAUUUGCAUCAAAAAAUUCAGCAUUUAAAGAAAUAACUAUGCUGUGUUUUGAUUCACAUUGGAUGAGUUUUUCUAGAUUCUAGAACAUGCAUCUGGAUGUGUCCCUAAUAUUUCGUCCCCGUUUUAAAUAAGGGACACCAAAUAUUAGAAACGUCUCCCAGUUUAAUUGUUGCAUUAGCAUUAGCAUUAGCAAGAUCUGCAUCAGCAUUUACAGAAAUAACCAUGCUCAGUUUUGAUUCACAUACAAUGAGUUUUUCUAGAACAUGCAUCCAGAUGUGUCCCUAAUAUUUCAUGCCUCUUUUUAAUAAGGGACAUCAAAUAUUAGAAACGUCUCCCAGUUGUAUUUUUUUGCAUUAGCAUUUGCUAAAUUUGCAUCAAAAAAUCAGCAUUUAAAGAAAUAUCCAUGCUCAGUUUUGAUUGACAUGACUCUCUGGAGAUGAGUUGUUCUAGAACAUGCAUCCUGAUGUGUCCCUAAUAUUUCGUCCCCGUUUUAAAUAAGGGACACCAAAUAUUAGAAACGUCUCCCAGUUGAAUUGUUGCGUUAGCAUUAGCAUUAGCAAGAUCUGCAUCAGAUUUUACAGAAAUAACUAUGCUCAGUUUUGAAUCACAUAGAAUGAGUUGUUCUUGAUUCUAGAACAUGCAGCCUGAAGUGUCCCUAAUAUUUCGUCCCCGUUUUAAAUAAGGGACAACAAAUAUUAAAAACAUCUCCCAGUUAUGUUGUUGCAUUAGCAUUAGCAUUAGCAAGAUAUGCAUUAAACUGCAUUGGAUGAGUUGUUCUAGAACAUGCAUCCGGAUGUGUCCCUAAUAUUUCGUCCCCGUUUUAAGUAAGGGACACCAAAUAUUAGAAACGUCUCCCAGUUGAAUUGUUGCGUUAGCAUUAGCAUUAGCAAGAUCUUCAUCAAAAAAAUCAGCAUUUACAGAAAUAACAGUGCUCAGUUUUGAUUCACAUAGAAUGAGUUGUCCUAGAUUCUAGAACAUGCAUUCUGGUGUGUCCCUAAUAUUUCGUCCCCGUUUUAAAUAAGGGACACCAAAUAUUAUAAACGUCUCCCAGUUGAAUUGUUGCAUUAGCAUUAGCAUUAGCAAGAUCUUCAUAAAAAAAUCAGCAUUUACAGAAAUAACCAUGCUCAGUUUUGAUUCACAUAGAAUGAAUUUUUCUAGAAGAUGCAUCCUGAUGUGUCCCUAAUAUUUCAUGCCUCUUUUUAAUAAGGGACAUCAAAUAUUAGAAACAUCUCCCAGUUGUAUUUUUUGCAUUAGCAUUUGCUAGAUCUGGUUAAAAAAAUCCAGCAUUUAAAGAAAUAACCAUGCUCAGUUUUGAUUGACAUGACUCUCUGGGUGUGAAUGUGAGUGUGAAUGUUGUCUGUGUAUCUGUGUUGGCCCUGCGAUGAGGUGGCGACUUGUCCAGGGUGUACCCUGCCUUCCGCCCGAUUGUAGCUGAGAUAGGCGCCAGCGCCCCCCGCGAGCCCAAAAGGGACUAAGCGGUAGAAAAUGGAUGGAUGGAUGGACUCUCUGGGGAUGAGUUGUUCUAGAAGAUGCAUCCUGACGUGUCCCUAAUAUUUCGUCCCUCUUUUUAAUAAGGGACACCAAAUAUUAGAAACAUCCCCCAGUUUUAUUUUUUGCAUUAGCAUUCGCAAGAUCUGCAUUAAAAAUUCAGCAUUUACAGAAAUAACCAUGCUCAGUUUUGAUUCACAUAGGAUGAGUUGUUCUAGAACAUGCAUCCAGAUGUGUCCCUAAUUUUUCGUCCCUGUUUUAAAAAAGGGACACCAAAUAUUAGAAACGUCUCCCAGUUGAAUUGUCGCAUUAGCAUUAGCAUUAGAAAGAUCCGCAUAAAAAAAUUCAGCAUUUACAGAAAUAACUAUGCUGUGUUUUGAUUCACAUAGGAUGAGUUGUUCUAGAAGGUGCAUCCUGAUGUGUCCCUAAUAUUUCGUCCCCGUUUUAAAAAAGGGACACCAAAUAUUAGAAACGUCUCCCCAGUUGAAUUGUUGCAUUAGCAUUAGCAAGAUGCAUAUGAAAAAAAAAUCAGCAUUUAAAGAAAUAACUAUGCUGUGUUUUGAAUCACAUAGGAUGAGUUGUUCUAGAUUCUAGAACAUGCAUCCUGGUGUGUCCCUAAUGUUUCGUCCCUGUUUUAAAAAAGGGACACCAAAUAUUAGAAACGUGUCCCCGUUGUAUUGUUGCAUUAGCAUUAGCAUUAGCAAGAUCCGCAUAAAAAUUCAGCCUUUACAGAAAUAACUAUGCUCAGUUUUGAAUCACAUAGGAUGAGUUGAUCUAGAACAUGCAUCCGGAUGUGUCCCUAAUAUUUCGUCCCCGUUUUAAAAAAGGGACACCAAAUAUUAGAAACGUCUCCCAGUUGAAUUGUUGCAUUAGCAUUAGCAAGAUGCAUCUGAAAAAAAAAUCAGCAUUUAAAGAAAUAACUAUGCUGUGUUUUGAAUCACAUAGGAUGAGUUGUUCUAGAACAUGCAUCCUGAUGUGUCCCUAAUAUUUCGUCCCCGUUUUAAAAAAGGGACACCAAAUAUUAGAAACGUCUCCCCAGUUGAAUUGUUGCAUUAGCAUUAGCAAGAUGCAUAUGAAAAAAAAAUCAGCAUUUAAAGAAAUAACAAUGCUGUGUUUUGAAUCACAUAGGAUGAGUUGUUCUAGAUUCUAGAACAUGCAUUCUGGUGUGUCCCUAAUGUUUCGUCCCUGUUUUAAAAAAGGGACACCAAAUAUUAGAAACGUGUCCCCGUUGUAUUGUUGCAUUAGCAUUAGCAAGAUCCGCAUAAAAAAUUCAGCCUUUACAGAAAUAACUAUGCUCAGUUUUGAUUCACAUAGGAUGAGUUGUUCUAGAACAUGCAUCCUGAUGUGUGCCUAAUAUUUCGUCCCCGUUUUAAAAAAGGGACACCAAAUAUUAGAAAUGUCUCCCCAGUUGAAUUGUUGCAUUAGCAUUAGCAAGAUCCAUAUGGAAAAAAAAAUCAGCAUUUAAAGAAAUAACUAUGCUGUGUUUUGAAUCACAUAGGAUGAGUUGUACUAGAUUCUAGGACAUGCAUCCUGGUGUGUCCCUAAUAUUUCGUCCCCGUUUUAAAUAAGGGACACCAAAUAUUAGAAACGUCUCCAGUUGAAUUGUUGCAUUAGCAUUAGCAUUAGCAAUAUUUGCAUAAAAAAUCAGCAUUUAAGGAAAUAACUAUGCUGUGUUUUGAAUCACAUAGGAUGAGUUGUCCUAGAUUCUAGGACAUGCAUACUGGUGUGUCCUAAUAUUUCGUCCCCGUUUUAAAUAAGGGACACCAAAUAUUAGAAACGCCUCCCAGUUGUAUUGAUGCAUUAGCAUUAGCAUUAGCAAGAUCCACAUAAAAAAAUCAGCAUUUAAAGAAAUAACUAUGCUCAGUUUUGAGUCACAUGACUCUCUGAGAAGGACGACUUGUUCCUAAUAUUUCGUCCCAAGAGAGACGGAAUAUUAGGAACACCUCCCAUUAUAAGCAGCACACUUGUAUUAUUGCACCUCAACAAAUAAACAUCUUCUGUUUUGAUUGACACCGUCAACCAACCCAUUAAAUACCUAAUAAUUCGUCCAUGUUGGGCUUGUUUUAAACAAGGGAGCCACAAUGGUAGAAUUAAAAAAAUUAAUAAAUAUAUAUAUAUGUUAGAAACACGUACCAGUGUGCGUGCUUGUAUAAUAUCUGCAAAAAAGUUCUGCCUUUUUAUAAAAAAACUAACAAAAACAAGGCUGUCACUUAUUAAUUGCUAAUGAGCAUGCGUCCCGAGGUGUUCCUAAUAUUUGGUCCCUCCCCUGUAAACAAAUACAAGUACAUCCUCUGCCAAUAUGAUAAGAGUUGAAAGCACUAUUGAUUUGUAUAUAUUAUAUAUUGCCCAUUGUGUGAGCUAACUACUGUCCUCAGCUAAAUAUAUUUUUAUAAAAACUUUCAAGCAUCAGUAUUUAAUAUUAAUUCAAACCUAAUUGUUGCAAGCUCUGUGAUUUAAAAAAAGAGUGAGAAUGUUUUUUUGCACACUUCUUUUGCUAUUUUGGACACCACGAAAAUAACACUUUUGUACGUGUAUUUCUUUUUUUUUUUUACUUUGACAUAAUUAAAAUGACUUGUGAUGCGUGCCAGAAAUAGAACUACACAUAUAUAUGUAAGCUAUAAUUCAAUGUUGUGCAUGUGUCGCGUCUCCACACACACGUUAAGCUGUCAUUAUACUAACUUUAGACACGUUUUGUGUUCAUUUCUGUGCAAGUCGAGCUGCAGUGUUCAAGUUGGUCCGUUGUAAAGUUUAGUGUUAAUUUGUCUGAAUAAAAAAAAUAAUAAAAAUCUCAUUUGA